GCAGCCUCUUCUAGCUUUGGGAUCUGCCGGAGCACAAUGAAACAAAGCUAGAUCUAUCUGGCGGUCUCAAAUUUCUCUCGUCCUCUCUGCCUCUUCCGAUUCAUACCAACAAAAUCACUCUUCUUUUCCCAACAAAAUCACAAGGAAACAAAGCAAUAUCUAGAUCUCCUUACCACGGAGUGGGCAGAGGCGACGAUUGAGCUGGGUGGGCUGCUCGCCCGGGAGUAUAGCAUGGCUACAGGCGUCGAAGGGCGACUGCGGAACCGUCGGUGGCGGCCAUGGCCUGAUGGCCACCGGAUCGAUGGGGGAGUCCCGUUGCACAAGGUAAAAAGGGGUGACGACCAUGGAGCUGGGUAAUGCAGAACCAAUAGUGUUUUAAUCUUCUAGUUUCAGUAGCCCGCUGGCUUCCACAAGAUCAUCAGGAUCCUGGUGCACAAAAAUGGGGAAAAAACAUCUCGAGGAGUCUACAUGUAGGAAAUUGUUGUGGUCACUAAUUGAGUUGGGUAAACUAGAAUUGCAAAUCCCACUUUUCUACCUCUUGAAUCAAGGAACUGCUAGAAGUUCAGACUAUGGGUAGAGCUAGAGAAGUAGAAUUGAUGUAGGGUGGUAUAACUGUACUACCUUCUCCUACUGCAUAGUAGUCGAAAAUGGCUCCAAGGCGCCUACGGUUUUGGACGACGGUGAUGCGAUGGCAAGGCUUUCUGGGUUUCCAAAAUCGCUGUGGUGUCUCAUGUCCCUAUCACUAAGCCCAUUAAGAAUUCGAAUCACCCCUCGAACUAUGUUCUAGCUCUUCACUUUGCAGUGCCUGUUAGAACAGAGAUUUGUGUGCAAUACCCCAACAAUAACUGAAAUGGUGUUGUGCGAAAUAAGAGAAUCAGUACAUGUUCCAAUAACAUCUGUGGUUUUUUUUUUCAGCAACUAAAUAACUCGUACAGAAGGAUAAGUAAUUUCGUUUGCCAAGAUGCGCUGCCAGUUUAUUCUACCAGUUUACUUGACAAAAAAAAAUCAAUAACUAGCAGGAGAGAGGAAGCAUAUUUCUUUGUCUCGGAUUUUUAUCUUGUUUGAAGAAUUUUAUCUUUAUCUUUUAAUCGUGCAGCUAGCUAGCUAGAUGCACAGGAUUCAUUUGUGGGUUUACCAGAGAAAAAGGUGUAAGGUGCUAGUAGGAGCGGAAGCAUUGCAAUUUAUCUUUUAUCUUUAUCUCUUUCGAAGGCUUUACCUUUACAUCCUGGUGCUAUCUGUCUACAAGGAAGGGAUUGAGUUGUGGCUUUUCCAAAAGAAAAAAUAAAGAGUGUAGGGAAUAGCAGCGCUUGCUACUGUUGUGUCUAACGUAUUUGUACCUACUCUGGUACACACAAUGUUGCAGCAUAUAGCAUUCUAAGUUUUUCAGCUUGUAGUGCUCCUGAACUAUAUUUGAAUUCGAUCUGGCUACUCUGUGGAUUGUACCUAUUAUUCAACCUAAGCCAAGAAAUUGGUUUGACGAGAAACUUAGCUGGAGCUUUGUUACAAUAUCGACAGUUGAUGAGCUACGUCCUGAGCCCCAUUUGAAAUUAAUGUAGAGGCCGGAGAUCCACAGAUCUGACAAAUCCAUCAUGCGCACUGAGGUUAUCAGGGAAGACACCAUUGAUGGCGCCGUUGAACGAAUACUUGAUGAACUCAAGAACACUAGCAGCAGAGAGAAUGCUAUCUACUUUGAUGGCUGGGACGGGCUAGGGACGUCUGCUGUCCUGAGAGCCGUAGCCCAACGGCUGGCAUCAAAGGAACCAGCGAGGCCCCCAGGGCUGGAUUUUGAGGAAGUCAUCCACAUUGACUACUCAAAGUGGAAGAGCAGAAGAGCAUUGCAGAGGGAAAUCACAGAGCAGUUGGAGCUUCCGAGUUGGGUGAUGAAGGAGUUUGACAAGCAAGACGAGGAUGAUGAUUUCAAUGGUAUUAUUGAUCAAGGUACUCGAAUUGAGAUACAAGAGGUCACAUCAAAGAUCCAUAGGACCAUGGAAAGCCGCAGGUUUCUUCUGAUUCUUCACAAUGGACACAACGAGGAAAUUGAUAUAUUUAACCUAGGUCUUAACCUCAGUCUUUCCCGUUAUGGGUAUCUGGGCAACAAGAUGCUAUGGACCUUCCAGGGCAGGUUUAGGCUCGACCCCAGGCUGCGAGACAUGGUUGUGAAGAACAACAUGGCAGAUGUUCUUAUCUCAGCUUCUCCCUUCGAGAGAGAUCCACAAGAUCUCUGGUCCUAUCUAUUGCGUGAAGAGGCUGAACAAGUUUCCUGCAAGCAUGGCAUUGAUCCUGCAAUGGUUGUUGAGUGCUUCUCUUAUAUUUUGGAACGGAGUUACAUGGGCCAAAACAUCAUUGACUAUGAUUGGGCUUUUCAUGCUUCCAACUUUUGGAUAUGUGAUGGGAUCAUACAGCAGGAACAGUGGCGGUUGGGAAAUGCUCUUCACGAAGACUUGGAAUUGUGUAUAGACAAGUUGUCCCGACAAGAAGCCAAAGAAGAGGGCCUUCAUAAGUCUCACAUGAAAAAGUAUGCCAACCUCAGACCAUACUGGAUUUCAACAGCCAGUUGUGGAUUUGUACUAAACCCAGUUGGGAUUAUUCCUAACAACAUGUUUCAGAAUUCAGACAAGCUUAGUGUGAUAAAACUGUCGCAGUGUGCCUUCAGUUUCUUAUUACCUCCAUUUCUGUACUGCCACAGCCUUAGAUUUCUAUGUCUAGACCGUUGCAAGAACUUGCAACGAAACAUAUGUGCAGAAGAAGGGAAUGAUUCCACCAGGGUGUGGGCGUGCUUCCAAAGCCUGUGGAUACUUGACUUGCGCUACAUGGACAUGGAUUGGAUCUUGUCUGCACAGAUGAUGGACCUCAUGACUCAGCUCAUUGAGCUAAACAUAAUGGGAGCUGAGAACUGGGACAUGAGCCAUUUACGUGGACGUCUGCGUAACAUCUGCAAGCUCCGGGUAACAAAGUCUACCUGCUGCAAUUAUGAGAGCAGCUUGUUCUCGGAGAUGGAGCAGAUGGAGAUUCUUGAAUUUUCAGGAAAUAAAACCAAACGACGAGGAAUGAGCUUAUUAUCUCUUUGCAGUCGACUCAAGAGCGUCGUUGUUGAUGGGUCGGAUGGGCUAGAAAAGAUCUCUUUGCAGGGCUUUUCCCAACUGAAGAAUGUCUUGUUGAGAGGAUUGUUGAAGGGCCUCGAGGAGCUGGACCUCUCGGGUACAACGUUGAAGACAAUUGACCUUGGCGCAACGUGCUGCCUGAAUCUGAAGAGGUUCCUUCUGUUAGGCUGCGAGGAGCUCCGUGCUGUACUGUGGCCACCAAAAGGCAGUAGACAAGUUUUAGAUGUGCUGCGUAUUGGCACCACCUCCCGAUCAGAAUCAGAUAAUGCAGUGGAAAGAAACUUACCUGACUCUGCUUCCACAAGAUCAUCAUCAGUAGUUCACAAAGGAAAAGCACUACAUCCUCAUCCAUAUCGCCACAAAUCCCUCAAGGAGCAGAAAGAGAAAUACUUCAAUAGAUGGCGGAUUUCUCUGACAGAUGCAAGGCUCCUUAGGUCGCUUUUGCCCGUCAUAGAGGAUUUAAGAGAGAAAUUUGAAACAGUUUACAGCCAGUUAAGAAGGAGAGGAUCCUUGCAUGUUGAUAUCUGUGCUGCAGCUGUUCUUGGUGGUAGGAACGUACAAGGAGCAAUGAGCAGCCGUACCAACCAUAUUAGUACUUUGGUGGACUCGAAGUACAGAGAUGUCUUUACGGAGGCUGGUCUGGCUAAUAAAUAUGAUGAUUGGGAUGAUGGCCCAACCCCAUCUGCAGUGACAUUGAUGUGGGACUGCCCCAAGAUAGAUUUAGGUGAUGACUACCAGACCUGUAUCAUAGAGAUGAUCGUUAACGAACAGCACAGGGAACCCUUAGGGGAUGCCUAUUUUGCAGGGAAACCCUUGCAGGAUACUGCAAGUAUUGAACUCCUGGCGGAUGCUUUCUGGGCGGCGCAAUAUGAAAGUGGUGGUAGUGUCGGCUCAUCAUUUCCUGUGUUUCCUGAUUUUCCUGACCUCAUAUAUCCUCUUGUCACAUCAUUACACGUUUACAAUAGCUCCUCGGUCACCAGUAUUGAUGCACCUUCAGAAGACUCAUGGUCUGAUCUAAGAUGGUGCCGAGUCGAGAGGUGCCCCAAGAUACACACAGUCUUCAGAACUCCCAAGGGCAGCAAGAAUGUGCACGGGUGCCAAUUCCCCAACCUGAGAACAUUCUGGGCUUCCCAACUCCUGACGGCAUGCUACGUCUGGAGCUGGUCUACCGCAACAACUCACCCUGAUGCAUAUUACUCUUUCCAUGACCUGGGAUUCUUGCAUCUGGACUACUGCCCCAGGCUCGUACAUGUACUCCCUGUACAGGUACAUAUGAGCUACAGCUUGCGGACCAUAGAGAUCGUGUACUGUGGUGAUCUCACUGAGAUAUUCCCAUUGUAUAUGCACAAUGAGACCCAAGGGCAGUCACUGGAAAUGUUCUGGCUGGAGCGCAUCCACCUGUGCGAACUCCCCAAGCUGCAGCACAUCUGCGGGCUCAAGCUGACUGCUCCCAUGCUCAAAACUGUCAAGAUCAGAGGCUGCUGGAGCCUCAAGCGCCUGCCGGCUGUCAGCUACUACACCGAGCCCCCAAAGGUGGACUGCGAGAAGGAAUGGUGGGACAGCCUAGACUGGGAUGGGCUGGAGGCCAAUCACCACCCUUCCCUGUACAAGCCGACCCAUUCGGCUUACCACAAGAAGCGGCUGGCCAGAGGCUCCCUGCUCAGGUAGUUCAAUCGCUCUGGUUUCCUCAUCCAUGCCGUCCCUGACCACCCGUCCUGUCCCGUCCCAGUGUGCAGUUGUGCUCCUGAGAGACCUCAUGAUUGAUCGAUUUGUGUGUGCCCACUGCCCAGUAAGCUUACUUACCUGCUAGUUGUUUUGCUUGUCUUGUGUGUUAACUGCAUCAUCUCGCCUUCGCUGCCAUGGUGGCCGUGGAAGUUCCGGUGCAGUCUGUUUCAAACUCAGUUUGGUUUGAUUAGGUUUGGGUGGAUCAUCUACCUUGUGACAUAGAUUGUUCAUGUGUGCGCAUGAGAAGAUAAAUAAUUAAACAUGGGAGUUGGGCUAGCCUCGGAUGAAGAAAUUGUUGUACUCUUCUAUUCCUUUGUUUGUUUCUGUGCUUGUGCUUGUGCUUGUGCUUGUGCUUCUGACU